CUAUCGGUGACAUUUUCCUGUCGUAACAGUGGACUGUGAUGCCAGUGGCUUUGUCUGAACCCGACCUUUAACCUGUGAACCUACAGAGCCCAGGAAUGGAGUAGGUUGGGUCGGUUCAAUGGACCACUUUAUAAAUGGAACCGAACCGAACCAUACUGCUCAGUGGAAACGAGGCAAGACUCUUUCUCUGCAGUUUGACUUGCCGGAGUGUUGGCAGGUCAUCAGUUUUCAGUUACAGCAAUUCCUUCAAAGUAUUUCAAACAUAUUUUCCAGUUUAGUUAAAUCUGCCUAAUCAGCAGACAGGUUACUAUUAAAAGAGGAGCAGAUGUUCUGAAGUCUUUGUCUUGGUUUCAUCACUUUGCAUCCAAACCGCAGGAGCCUGUUGCACAAAAUGUUCAAACUGAAAGAACCAAAUUCUGGAUCCAGCAAGAAGAAGGCAAGCAUUUGAUUCUAAAUGUUUGUUAAAGAAAAAGAAUGAAAAAAGGUUUUGAUAAAAAAUAAAUAAAAAUGUUGAAGUAUAAAUUUCCAGUUCUGCUUUAACAACACAAGUUGGAACAAAAUGAUCCACUUUUAGGUGUAAAUACAGAAAAACGCGCUUUAGAAAGUGGUUCUACGUCACUAGGAACCCACCAAUCAGUGUGCACGUUGAGUCUGACGCUGAAACGGAAGUGUUUUGAUGCACCUGCCGGAGCAGAGGACGGAUGUUCGAGCAGGUAACCGUGUGGAACCAGUAGAGACGGUGCAGCUCCUCCACGCCCACCACACAGGAAGUGAUGUCACUGUGCUGCUGGUAGCAUCUGCAGCUCAGGAUGCAGCUCCUGGUGGUGAAGCUGCUGGGCCUGCUGGGCCUGUCCUCGCUGAUGCUGGCUGGCAUCCUGCUGCCGGUGCGCCUCCUGCUGGCCGACAGCGAGAAGGCGGGGCGCUACCACCGGGGCCUGGCGCUCGGAAACUGCUUCGGAGGAGGCGUGUUCCUGGCAACGUGCUUCAACGCUCUGCUGCCGGCCGUCAGAGACAAGGCGGCCGGCGUCCUGCAGCAGCUGCAGGUCAGCAGCGACUACCCGCUGGCUGAGACCAUGAUGAUGGUGGGCUUCUUCAUCAUGCUGUUUGUGGAGCAGGCAGUCCUGACCUUCAGGAAGGAGAAGCCGUCCUUCAUCGCCCUGGAGACGUUCAACGCCGGCGGCUCGGAACCCGGCAGCGACUCGGAGUACGACGCCCCCUUCCUGGGUGGCGGCCAUCGCCACGGACACUUUGGACCGGGCCACCUGGCGGGGGCGGGGCCUCUGCGGCUGGCCGGCCUGGUUCUGGCGCUGUCGGCCCACUCGCUGUUCGAAGGCGUGGCGCUGGGCCUGCAGGAGGACGGCGCCAAGCUGGGCGGCCUGCUGCUGGGCGUGGCCGUCCACGAGACGCUGGCCGCCGCAGCGCUAGGCGUCAACGUGGCCAAGGCGGCGCUCGGCAUGAAGGACGCCGCCAAGCUGGCUGCCGCCGUCGCCAUGACGAUCCCCCUGGGCGCGGCGGCGGGGAUGGGCGUGGAGGCGGUGCGGACGCUGGCAGCCGGCGUGGCGUCGCUGCUGCUGCAGGGCCUCGCCGGCGGGACCUUCCUCUUCGUCACCUUCAUGGAGGUCCUGAGUCCGGAGCUGGAGCAGAGGAACGACCGUCUGCUCAAGGUGCUCUGCCUCGUCCUGGGCUACGCGGCGCUCGCCGCACUGCUGCUCGUCAGGUGGUGACGGCAGGGGCGGGGCCCACAGGAAGGGGCGGGGCCCACAGGAAGGGGCGGGGCCCACGGGAAGGGGCGGGGCCCAUAGGAAGGGGCGGGGCCCACAGGAAGGGGCGGGGCCCACGGGGAGGGGGGGGGCACUCUGCUCUCUUCAACCGCUGCAGAGAGCAGGAACUACAACUUGAUUAAGAAACUUAAAGAGGGAACCCCUAUCCCUGACCUUUGACCCCUGCCCAUACGACCUGCAGAUGUUUGCUGCUAUUGCUGUAUUAAUGGCGUGGCGCCUGCUUCCUCCUGCAGGGGGCGCUGGGCGGUGAGCCCACAGAUGUUCUGCUGUUUAACGUUCAAGCCGACUGUGGCUGUGUGGGUAGAGCGGUCGUCCUGUGAUCGGAAGGUUGUAGGUUUGAUUCCAGCUUCCUCCUGUUCCACCUAACCCCAAACAUUUUAAAUCAAAUGUUUGUCCCUGAACCUCGUCUGGCAGGCUCAGAACCGUUCUACCAGACAGUCCGACCAGAAUGAAUCAGAACCGGUUCUAUACCUGAACCAGAACCUGAACAGAGGGUCCCUCACCAUCAGAACCAGGACCUCCACCCUCUGUGACAUCACUUCCUGUUAUCCCUCCUGUAGAUCUGUCCGGGUUCUGGUCGGUGUUGUGUGAAGUAAAUGGAUCAGAACCAGGAACCAGACUGUGAUGUGUGAUCUGUCGGAACCUGGAGGUCCGGCCAGAUUCUGUUUAAUCCAGAGAUGAUCUCUGGUCAUGUUGAGAUUAGCAGAAUGAUCUGUUGAAGGUUUUCAGAUUGAAGUUAGCAGUUUUGUUUUAUGUGUUUUAACAGAAGCUUGGAGUCCAGAACUGAACUGAUUUAUUUAAAGGUCCAGUAUCUUGUAAAUCAACUGUUUUUAUCAUGUUACAUUAUUACUCCCUGCACUGUUGCCUUGAUUCUUUCAUGUUUGAGGAAUCCUUUAAUCUCCAUGGCAACCAUCCAGCUGUUAGAAAUGCCUGGUAGACCUAGCCCCGCCUUCAAGGUGAAGCUCCUCCCCCUCUCAGCUGCUUCAGACUAGCCAGCAGCAAUUAAUUGCUGA